AUGACAGAAGGGAAACGUUGCUCACAUUCCUCCGCGAGGGCCGACACUAGAACCACAUGUUAUGGAACCGCUGCGCCAAUUGUAACGCGCCUGCUCGACCACGGGUCGGGCACCGUGACCAUCUUGGAGUCGCUCAAGUACUUGCUGGCGACCCCUGAGUGGACCCCCAUUAGGCCCGUGGAGUUCCACUGGUAUGCCGCCGAAGAAGUCGGCCUGAAGGGGUCCAAGGCAAUUGCGGCGGAGUAUGCGAAGGCCGACACAGCCGUGUACGCCCAAUUGCAGCAGGACAUGACGGGUUACGUCCGCCCUGGCACGACCCCCAUCGUGAAUUUGAUCUCCGACUUCACGAACGAGAACCUUAACACCUUCGUGGAGACGCUCGUCACGACAUACUUGGGCCUCCCCGUGACCCACUCACUGUGCAAAUACGGCUGCUCGGACCAUUUCUCGUGGAACGCGACGGGGUACCCCUCGACGUAUCCGUUUGAAACCAAGUUGAAGGACUUGAACCCGUUCUUCCACUCCAAAAAGGACACGAUCGACACCAUCGAUUUCAACCACAUUGCCGAUUUCACCAAGCUCUCGAUUGCGUACGUUGUCGAGCUGACUCAGGGCAGCGCCACGGCAUGCUAA